GCCACCACAGACUCCACACCUUCUCCUUCUUCUCCUUCCCCUCCCCAACUCAUAUUCCGCCCUCUACCAGCAGCAGCGCACCACCGCAGCAUUUCAUGGCCAUGGCAACCCACGCUUCCCUCUUCACCCCUGCCAUCACGGCAUCGAACUCCAGCAAUGCAGUCCGCACCCUGCUCCCAAGCAAGCUCUCUGCUUCAUCCUUCUCCGGCCGCAAAUUGCAGACCCCUGCCGCUCCAUCCCGCCUCGUGAUCAAAGCUGCCGUGGAGGAAGCUCCAGUCGGCUUCACACCGCCGGAAUUGGACCCCAACACUCCUUCCCCCAUCUUUGGAGGGAGCACGGGAGGGCUGCUGCGCAAGGCGCAGGUGGAGGAGUUCUAUGUCAUUACAUGGGACUCACCAAAGGAGCAGAUCUUUGAGAUGCCCACAGGGGGUGCGGCCAUCAUGAGGCAGGGGCCUAACCUGUUGAAGCUUGCGAGGAAGGAGCAGUGCUUGGCCUUGGGCACCAGGCUGAGGUCCAAGUACAAGAUCAACUACCAAUUUUACAGGGUCUUUCCUAAUGGGGAGGUGCAGUACCUUCAUCCCAAGGAUGGUGUUUACCCUGAGAAGGUGAACCCAGGCCGCGAAGGAGUGGGCCAGAACUUCAGGUCCAUCGGGAAGAACGUGAGCCCAAUUGAGGUGAAGUUCACAGGCAAGCAAGUGUAUGAUUUGUAAGGUGGGCUUAGGCUGGAACCUUGAUCUGAUGGUUCAUGUGGAUGCAUUAUAUUAUGUGUAUUUGCAGCUAAUUUCUUAUCUUUGUGCAAUUUUAAAUUGGGUUUUGGUAUAUGAAAACUUUUAAGGGUUCA